AGAGAGAAGAAGAAGCAUUUUUGUUGUUGGAGUAGAGAGGGGGUUAUUGGGGCAUGGAACGGAGCCAUGCUUAGGCAGGUAAUCGGUCAGCUUCAAGACCUCUAGCAUAUCUACGGCUCUCCUCCUCCGCCGUCGCCUACUUUCCACCUUCUUCACUUUCACCAACUGCCUCUUCCGUCCGACGACAACCACCGCAGGUGGUGUUUUCCCAAUAUCGAUGAUUCUUCUUCCGAGGAUUGCUACAGUUUUGUGAUGGCUGCAGGGAAAUCUGGAAACUGUGAGAUGUUGGAACCUUUCAAGCCUCCACCAAGCAAGAAAUCGCGCAAGGAGCGGAACCGGGGGAAAUUGAAUGGAAAUACCCCUACACCAGUAGUUAUGGUGCAAGAAAUUUGGAAAGAAUUCCCCGAAGACCUCUUUGAAGCUGUUAUUGCUAGACUACCCAUUGCCACAUUUUUCCGCUUUCGCUCUGUCUGCCAUAAAUGGAAUUCCUUACUGGAAUCUCAAAGUUUCUCUCAGCAUUGUGAGGGAAUCCCGCAGUCCAAUCCCUGGUUCUAUACCAUUACUCAUGAAAAUAUGAAUGUUGGAGCCAUGUACGACCCUUCCACAAGGAAGUGGCACCACCCCACGAUCUGUUUUCUGCCAGCAAAGAUGAUUGCUCUGCCGGUUGCUUCUGUAGGUGGUCUAGUUUGCUUUCUUGAUAUUGGUCAUAGGAACUUCUAUGUCUGCAACCCUUUGACUCAAUCAUUUAAAGAGUUGCCGGCAAGGUCAGUUAAAGUGUGGUCGCGUGUUGCUGUGGGAAUGACUCUGAAUGCAAAUUCAACCAGUGAAGGCUAUAAGAUCCUGUGGGUGGGGUGUGAUGGGGAGUAUGAAAUUUAUGACUCGGUUAUGAAUUCGUGGAGCCGACCAGGAAGCAUGCCCUUGAACAUCAAGCUACCACUAUCGCUGAACUUUCGGUCACAAGCAAUUUCCAUUGAUAACACACUUUACUUCAUGCAGUCAGACCCUGAAGGGAUUGUGUCCUACAAUAUGGUUACUGGGGUAUGGAAGCAAUAUAUAAUCCCGGCCCCGGUACAUCUGAGUGACCACACACUUGCCGAGUGCAACGGCAAGAUCAUGCUUGUGGGACUGCUGACAAAAAAUGCUGCUACGUGUGUGUGCAUAUGGGAGCUGCAGAAGAUGACGCUUUUGUGGAAGGAGGUGGACAGAAUGCCAAAUAUAUGGUGCUUAGAGUUUUACGGGAAGCACGUUCGAAUGAGUUGCCUGGGCAACAAAGGUUUGCUCAUGUUGUCAUUGAGAUCGAGACAAAUGAACCGGUUGGUUACGUAUAAUGUGAUAAGCAGGGAGUGGCUGAAGGUUCCUGGAUGUAUUCUACCAAGAGGAAGAAAGCGACAGUGGAUAGCAUGUGGCACAGCCUUUCACCCCUGCCUGACUGCUACUGCUUGAUAUCCAUCCCCUUCUCUCUGUUUCUAGCAGCAACAGCAUCUCAAAGAAAGUUUUUUUCUUCCUAUUUUUCCGGCUGGUAACGAGCUUUUGCUGCCGGUUCCUCUCCGGUUGGAUUUUCGUUGUCGUUUUAAAGGGGUUAAACAAGAUUGGCCAUUUUCCCUUUUGUUUUUCUUGUACAAACACGUGGGUGAAUAACUUUAGUUUCCCCGGAGACCCUGUCCCAAGUGAAAUAUGUUUAGACUGUUUAAAUGUUCAAUUAUGCUGAAUUGAUAUAAUAUUUACACGGAGAAUUGAAUGGUCAAUGGCCUCUUGAUGGGUAUAAUUAUAUAUUGACAGGAAGUUUAGUUAUAUUAUAUGG